UUUUCUCUUCAACAUUUGCAUGAAAGUUCAACCAACCUGGACAAGGUUCAGAAAACCUGAAACCACUACUAGAUGAGGUUUGACACUGUCAAUGACAAAAGAAAGCAAACCAAAAAGAACAACCAUCAAAAACGGACACAAAGACGACUAAGAAAUAUAAAGAAAUGCUGAGAAACAACACAGGUGAAAAGAACCUAUGAUCAAAGAAGGUGAAGAUAAAAAAAAGGUACAAGAAAAGAGAAAGCAAACAAAAAUGAUCAUCUGUAAUCUUGCUGUUUCUCUCCUACUGCUAUCGCUUAGUGUCAGCGGCGCCACAAAUGGGUCUGAGAUGAAUUGUUAUCCAGUGAUCAGAGUGCCACGAAACACAGUGUUUCUAGCUCCUGUUAUGAGCGUGUUGAAGAUAAACUGUACUAUAACUCUACCUGGAUGUCACAGGAACCCAAGAGUCUCAUGGUGCAAAAUCUACGGAAAUGACUGCAAAGCUUUAAAUUACACAAAUCACAUAAGAACUGAGUGGAAGAGCAUCACAGAACAUGAAUGGAUGGCUUUCUUUAUUUUCCUGAAUAUCUCAAUGGAGGAUACAGGUUUCUACAGAUGUAAAGAAGGAGACACGACUAUAGGUCAUGCUAUUAAUGUCACUGUGACAGAUAAUUGGGAGGAUAAAGUUUCACACAAUCAAAGCGACACAAGUAAGGACAUGACCAUUACUGGUGAUGUGAAUUCAGGUCCAACGGAUGAUCUACAGUGGCUCUGGCCAUAUGUGUACAUCUGCAGUGGAAUAGCAGGGCUGGUGGUGAUAGUUAUUACUGUAACAUUGUUUAUCAUCAGAUGCCAAGGGACAAAAUCAACAAGAAAAGAUAUGACAGUUAAAAAUCAGUACAUGGAAACACAAAGAAGUGAUUUGCCUCCUCUUCCUCAUCACAACACCCAUUCCCCCUCUAAUCAGCUGACCUCUGCUUUAUAUCGUGGCUGUGAAACUCCACCUGUCAGAGGAUCAUCAUCAGCUGGAAGAGUUUCAGAUGGUAGACACAACACUGUUGGCACAGAAAGAGGAGAAGAAGAGAAUGCUCUGGUUUAUGCUUCUUUGAAUCACCAGUCUAUGCCAAGAGGGCCGAGAAGAACAGCACGACAUGAACCAGAACCUUCAGAAUAUGCCGCAAUCCGGUUCCGGUGAUUCAAUGAAUCAUUUAUUAGACAAUUUUAAAAGAACACUGUGAAUUGCAGUGAAAAAAUGGGUUCUGUAUUUAGAAAUACUCUCUAUGAGGAGCAAGAGUCCAGGCGUUUGGAAACGGGUUGAUAAUGCAACUGGUUGCUGGUAUCUCAAAGGUCCAGUAAAAAUUGCCAGUGUUCUCAAAUUUAAAAAUGUUCUACCCUACUAUAAUAAAAUAAUAAAUAAUUGUGGAGAAUGAUGUUGUAACUUGUGGAAGGUGUAAUAAACCACACAACAACUGACAACAGCUUACAAUGAAUGAUCCUAUGUCUAUGUAAUAUGCUAUUUUAUUAAACAUAAGCAGUGGUUUUUGAAAAUUGUCUUUGGCAACAUUUUUAAA